ACCUGACCUUACCUGACCUUACUGUCUUCACUCUCUUCACACUCUUCACGCCAACACUCCCGCGACCUCCACCCCGCUCCGCCGAUCCGCCCGAUCGACGACGACAACGACGAAGACGACUGCAUCUCUGCGAACACAGCGCCUCUAGCGAUUCGACUCACAUCCUCUCACUAUGGCCGACUCACUGACUGAGGAGCAAGUCUCCGAGUUCAAGGAGGCCUUCUCGCUCUUCGACAAGGACGGCGAUGGACAAAUCACCACAAAGGAGCUCGGCACGGUGAUGCGCUCUCUCGGCCAGAACCCUAGCGAAUCGGAGCUGCAGGACAUGAUCAACGAGGUGGAUGCCGACAACAAUGGCACUAUUGAUUUCCCAGAGUUCCUCACCAUGAUGGCCCGCAAAAUGAAGGACACGGACUCUGAGGAGGAGAUCCGUGAAGCGUUCAAGGUCUUCGACCGUGACAACAAUGGCUUCAUCAGCGCGGCUGAGCUACGACACGUCAUGACUUCUAUUGGCGAGAAGUUGACAGACGAUGAGGUCGACGAGAUGAUCCGCGAGGCUGACCAGGAUGGCGACGGAAGAAUUGACUACAAUGAGUUCGUUCAAUUGAUGAUGCAGAAGUAG